CUGAGGGUUUGUUAUCUCACAGGCUACUCCACAUGCAUACCGGUUUACAGGUUCGGGAUCCUACUGUACAUGACUUCCGAGACAUGAUAUACGGAGAUACGCACUGGAAUACUCAUAGGGCCGCGGUUGCCGGGAAGCAUUGGUCUAAAUUGCUACACUUAAAAAAGUACUUUCGAUUUACAGGGCGGGUGUUCAGGGGUAGUAAAGGUAGUGGCAAGCGAGAAAUCAUGCGAGCGGGCUUGAAUCUCCACCCUCCGAUGCGCAGGAGGGACCCCGCUGGUCUCAUGCGCGGGAUCGCCCUCCCUCAGGCAAGAGUGCCUCGGAUUCUGAAACAACCGCAUCAUGUCGUAUACGGGUGAUGCUGGGGGAUAAUGGGUGGGCGCGGCAGGGAGGGGAAAGGGAACGGAGGGCAUAAAGGAAUACAUGAUUGGGCAAAUACUUUUAACUUGAUUCUCAACGCGUGCGAGCGCUUGAUGAUCUUCGGCCGGGUCGCAUGACGUGCGCUAAUCUUCCAAGGACUAUUG